AUGUUGUUCAAACAAAAAUCAGACUCUUCAGCACAAAAAUAUGUCACAUACUGCACAGAACUCAACCUAAGCACUGAAUGCCCUAAAAAAAUAUAUACAAACCUUAUAAUAAAAUCAAAUACAUUAAGGAAAUUAACAAUAAUUAACAUGGACAUCAAUAAACUAGAUGUGUCACAAUGCACUAAAUUACAAACCCUUAUAUGUACAGACAAUAACAUGAAUCAACUAAUCACUAAUAAUGAAUUAAGAGCAUUAGAUUGUGCAAACAAUAAGAUCAUUGAUUUAAAUCUGUGUUUGAUAGAUCCAGUUAAUCCAAUUAACAUGUUCAAAUAA